UUACUAGCCCUGCUGGCCAAUUUGUUUUUGAUAACUUGCGCACUCGUGACUCUUUGUGGAUACUUCAACCUAACGCAUCUAUGCAAAAUUUGUUACAGUUAAUAUUAGUUUGAUAGAUUUACAAAACUUAUCUUCAUUUCUUUGAUAGGUUUGAUAAAGAUUAUGCAGUAUGUUAGGUGACCCACGUAUGACUUACAAGUUCCAUCAUCACGAAUCAUCGUUCGCAUAAGCCCGUUGAUGCCGCGAGAUUUUUCGAACAAAUGAAUAAUGGUUUCAUUCACCUCGAAGAGCUCUCCCAGUUAUCAACUAUAAAGAUAUAAUUUUCACCCCAUCGGAUUUUAACCUCACACGUCUAAAUAUUGUAGCUGGAUAUCUUUGUACCAAGUUACCCCUUGAGAAUAAUGAACACCAUUUUCAGCUCGAAGCCAUUUUGUUAUAUUGGCUGUACAUUCUAAACGAGACGCGCGUCGAAUUUCUUUUUAGCAAACGAAACCAGCGGUCAGGUAGGGGUUGCUCGACAUCAUGGGGUGGGAUCUGGAACCCGCCCAGUGAUUGCGGCUGCGUGUGCCUCAUCGGUUCAUUGUGUCGUUGUUGUGACGUUCUUGUAGCCUUUCCAUUCUUUUUGACCGAUCCAGGUAGCAGGCCAAGACACGAAAAGGCUAUCCUAGAUCUGAUGUUGGCAAUUGACAUAGCAUUUUAUUGUUAUUUGCCAGUGUUGUACUGUUGUUGUUGUUACUGCUGGCAAACACAAACCUGUGAAAAGAGUCAGAGAAGACAGACAGGGACUAAUCAACUGACCUUUGUCGCCACACAAAAGUAAUAGUAGUAGUGAUAUCAGUAGUGUUUACUGCCGGCAGGCACUCCAUUUACGUUACGAUUAUUGUAGCUUUGGACUGUUUCGCUGGUAGGGGCAGCCAGGGUCCCUUUCCUAACGACUACUUCCAUCUUUCGCCUUGGACAAGUAGCCGCUUGGCAGUGACGCCGUGUGAUUCAGUUCAUGGGCAGGUGGCCAUCACGUCGACUUCGCUAAGUGGACUUUCACGGUUCCGUGGGGCCAGGCCGAUUUACAUCUUCGGUCACAGCGGCCGCUUCAAACGACAACGUACUCACAGAGAAUAAGUUCUCUAACAGUUCACGUCGGCGUCAGUGAAGACAUCAGUCGAGAAGCACAUCGCCUGAUUAGCUGGAAGACAGUGCUAAUUGCAACUGUAAAAACAAGCAAGGGAAACUCCUGGAAGCGUAGUACUGAAAUCAGCACCGAAAUGUGAAUGGUGUCUGCGUUGAUUUUGAAAUAACAAAGUACAGUCGCAUUCAGCGUAACCUACACGAACAAAACAACGGCGAAGAACAGGUUAGCAAAAAAGCGGGUCUUUCGAUUUAUUUCGUAAUAUAUGCGGGGAAGAUCCCAGCAGUAUCCUAUUACUGUCUGUGCACUCCUUUGUUCAAGAGAUUUUCGCCGUUGCAUUGAAUAGCCUCAGUUCGAGUGUAGACCUUACUGUUACCAAUUGCUGCUGACAAGACAGACAACAGCAAACAAAACACAUGUUCAAAUAAACGAAAAAAGCCAAAAAAAAACGAACUUUUUUUUUGCGUAAAAGAGGCCCUACGAACGACAUCCAGUUCACCAUAGUGUUAUAGUGAUUCGUAAUUACUUGGGUGAGUGUGCGACGGAGUGUCCAGGCGUUCUAUACAACAGACAUACACCUUGCAUGUGGAUCGCUAUCGAAUAAAUAAAAGAAAAAAUCACCGGAAGAUGAAUCCUCUUCAUAUGCACUCGAGCUAUCAGAAAUUUCAAGAUGUGACUCCGUGUCGAAAAAAUGGAACAUCAGCUCCAGCGCCCGCUUCCCUAACAUCGAACUCACUUCCAACUGCACCUUUAAUCAUGCGUCGCGUUUUCGUCGUGGGUGUCGGUAUGACACCAUUUGUGAAACCCGGUGACAAAAAGCGCGACUAUCCGGUCAUGGCUAAGGAAGCCGUUGAAGCAGCGUUGAAGGAUGCCCGACUCGAAUACAAAGAAAUUCAACAGGCCGUAUGUGGCUACGUGUAUGGUGAUUCGACUUGCGGUCAAAGAGCUCUAUAUGAGGUCGGUCUCACUGGUAUUCCUAUCUAUAACGUGAAUAAUAACUGCUCUACGGGUUCAACUGCACUUAUCUUGGCGAAACAGCUCAUUGAAGGCGGUCUGGCAGACUGUGUCCUAGCAUGCGGAUUCGAGAAAAUGGAUAGGGGCUCGCUUACCAGCAAGUUCAGGGACCGUGCAAAUCCAAUUGAAACACACGCCAAAGUUCUUGCUUCGACAUAUGGUAUCUCACCUGCACCCAUGGCUGCACAGAUGUUCGGUGCCGCUGGCAUAGAGCAUAUGGAGAAAUACGGCACGACAAAAGAACAGCUAGCGAUGAUCGCUGUCAAGAACCACAAGCAUUCGGUAAACAACCCCAACUCACAAUUUCAAGUGGAGCAUACUCUUCAAGAGGUGCUUGAGGCGCCUCAAGUGUUUGGCCCACUAACGAAGCUGCAAUGCUGUCCCACUUCUGAUGGAGCGGCUGCCGCCAUUCUUAUGAGCGAAGACAUGGUGAAGAGGCUGGAUCUUCAGGAUCAAGCUGUAGAAAUUCUCGCCAUCGAGAUGGCCACCGACUUUUCGUCAACCUUUGACGAGAAGUCCUGUAUCAAAAUGGUCGGCUUCGAUAUGACUAAGGCAGCCGCCGAGCGUGCAUUCAAGAAAGCUGGACUAACGCCAAAUGAUGUUCAAGUUAUAGAGUUGCACGAUUGCUUCAGCGCAAACGAGCUCAUCACGUACGAGGCUCUCGGUUUGUGCCCGGUAGGUAAGGCUGGCGAGUUCAUCGACCGGGGGGAUAACACCUACGGAGGCAAGUACGUCAUUAACCCGAGCGGGGGACUCAUUUCAAAAGGACAUCCCCUGGGAGCGACCGGCUUGGCUCAGUGCUCCGAGCUUUGUUGGCAGUUACGUGGCACUGCCGGCAAGAGGCAAGUUCCCGGUGCAAAAGUGGCUCUUCAACAAAACGUCGGUCUGGGAGGUGCCAGCAUAGUAGCACUUUACCGACUUGGCUUUCCUAAGUCCAAAUUGUAAACCAAUCAAUAUUUAGGCUGGCGAAUAGAAAUUGUGAUUCAUCUAGAACGUAAUGAGCACAUUAUAAGCAAACAGUUACUCACCAGAAUAUAUUUUCUAUCGAACUAUGUGAUCAAAUACAUCUAUAGAUUCAGCUAAAAAUACAAAUAUAGUACCGAUGCAGCUGCGAGAAAACAGGACUAUUUACGGAGUCGAGUAUUGUUAACGAACAAAGCUGCCUCUAAUCACUCAAAGAUGCUGUGAUUUCGCCUUCAUUGAGGUUUAAUGACUUGGAUUUAUAUUAAUUUGCAAGACGACAUGUUGGCUGAACAAUUGUAUACAGAAAUUCAAGUUAAAGAUACGAAGAGGGAAUAAAGUGACGUGACCAGCGUGAGCACUACUCGCACGGGUGCAACUAAUAUUAAAGGAGGCUAGUUUUAUUCGAUAGGUACUGGAAUCCAUGUAUAUCCUUUACGCAAGGAUAUUACCAUCAUCUCACAUUUACUAUGAGGUAACUGUCCACGUUGCCAUUUAGUUAUUGGUUGCUAUACUAAAAAAAAGAAACGUGUAUGUACGAUAAUGCGAAUUGCAGUGUAAGAUAUAUUAAUGCCUCGAUCUAAUUAUAAUCAUUUUUUUCAUACGGUUAAUGCGCGAUCGCUAUUAAUGCUGAUCUGAAAUGUUCCUACUGAGUCACUGGUUCGAAGAAAAUCUUAGAUAGCGUAUAGAAUAGAAUAGAUCCGUUAAAUUUAUAUAGUAUUAAUUAACUUUUAUUAUAUUUUUCAGCGUUCGUCCCUGUUAGUGGUUUUCAGCACGGCUGUAUGAGAGGCAGCAGUAUUAUUUUAUCGAAGUGCUGUUAUCAUAUGGUGACCAUAGUGAAACUGCUACAGGAUAUACACUGUCGUAUAUAUCUACAUAUAUGUAUAUAUGAGAAUGGGCUUUGCUUUAUUCGAAAUUGUUCUUGGAGUCAAGUAUUCUUCGGUGGCAGGCUAUGGGCGCUCUUAGGUAACAUUAGGAGGAAAAACGGUGUUCGAGUUGACAUAUUCUUGUCGCAGAUACAAAUGACUUAUAGAUGCUAUGAAGGAACAAAAACCGCUUACUGCUCACUUGGUAAGGAUAUGCAACCUCUACGUUAACUGAACUAAAUAAAGAACUUUGUGAUAGAUUUUCCAAGAUAGAGGCGUAAGCUUUGAGUGUCCAAGGUAACAUCUUCUCAAGGUAACCAAGGCACCUAAAGUUACCAACCAGGCACAAAGAAAAGUGUAAAUUUUUUUAAUAUCACGGUUCGUUUACAAAAAAAAACGGCUAGUACUUUACAACAAAUAAAUAAAUACUUGGAAAUGAUUUCUAAUGUCCGCAAACGGGAUGUAUAUAUUAGACACCUGUAAAUGGUAAUAUGAACUGUUCUCGAACACGAAGGAGUCCCACGGAGAAUGGUCGGUGCCAAAAUUGGAUAUCCCUGGGCAUUGGUCGAGCAACUUUUGGAGAGAAUUUUCAUUUCAAAAUCAUCCGAAUGAUCGAAGUAGUUUGAUGAUAUGUAUAUACAGGAGUGUAUGACCAAAAGCGUGUGCUAUAAAUAGUAGUUAAUCCCUUGCUGAAUGCUUUAACAAAUUAUAUUCAAGAUUGGUGCCAGCCAUCUUUAUCACUUGCAUAGCUUUGCAGUUUAUUAUGGGGUGACCUUGAUAGAAGCCUAACUAAAUGUAGCAUAAAGUCCUAUUUGGCCUGUUUCAACGCAUCCGAAUAAGUAACGUACUGUUGUGAAGAAGUAAUUUAGUUCGUCAUGCUUGUUUUGAAGAUUACUUCAAAAGAAUGGAUGAAUUUUCCAAGUAGUAAAUGGCUGUCUAAAUCUACAAAGGCUGGCAUGUUUGCGUCGCCUCCAUUUAAUUUGGUUAAAUUCAACAGAUAGCAACCACAGCUCGAACGUGGAGUUGAUUCUGGAAGUAAGUGA